CCUGCCACUCCCUGGGGAGCCCCUGGCUGAGCAGCUGGGGAUGGUCCCCAGGCUCCCUUGUGGCAUGGAGGGAUGUGGCUGAGGAUGGGCUGGGAGGGGAUCCUGGAGCCUCCUGCAAGGAGGCAUUGGAAGCUGAGCCCCUGGGGCAGAUGGUGGCAUCGCCAUGGGGUCUCUCUCUCUGGUGCCCAGCAGCUACCUCAGGCAUCCACCAGGGAUGAACGGUUCAGCACUGGGGCCACUGCCUGCAGGGCACCCUGGCCAGUGUGUGCCCAGUGACCCAGUGCAGUUCGUGCUGGUGCCUGUUGUCUACUGCCUGGUGCUGUGCGUGGGGCUGCCAGGCAACCUGGUGGCCUUGCUGGUCUUCCUGCAGAGCGUCAAGGUGAGGAAGGCCAUCCGCAUCUACCUCAUCAACCUCACGCUGGCUGACAUCCUCUUCAACCUCACCCUACCCCUUUGGAUCCCUUACUACCUGGCAGGGGGGGACUGGCUGCUUUCGGAGGCUGCUUGCCGCCUGGCUGGGGCCGCCUACUACCUGGCAACCUACAGUGCCAUCACCUUCAUGGCACUCAUCAGCUUCAACCGGUUCUGUGCCGUGCGGCCGGGGCGGAGGGAGCUGCCUCUGACGGGGUGCCGGGGCGCCGUGCUGGCCUGUGCCGUGGCCUGGCUGCUUGGGCUGUGCUGUGCUGUGCCCACCCUGGCCACCCGGCAAACCUUCCCUGCCCGUGCCGGGGCCAUCGCCUGCUUCGAGCAGCACAGCCGGCACCGAGUUUACGCCUACGCCAUGGUGGGCUUCUUCACCGCUGCCUUCCUGGUGGUGCUGGGCACCUACGCCUCCAUCGCCUGUGCCCUCUCGGCGCCCGCCGCAGCCUCCCCUGGCUCCCACCGCCAGCAGGCCCGUGCCAUGGUGCUGGGGAUGCUGCUGGUCUUCGUGGUCUGCGUGGCUCCCUACCACCUCACGCUGGCUCCCUGGGUGGGCAGCCGCCCCCCCGAGCCGCUCUGCGGGCCUCCUGCCCCCCUGGAUGUGCUGCACACGCUGAGCGUGGCCCUGCUCAGCCUCAACAGCUGCCUCGACCCACUCGUGUACUGCUUCUCCAUCCGACGCUUCCGCGCCGACCUGGGACGGACCCUGCGCAAGAUCGGCCGCUGCCUCCCGCUCCCCCCCUCGGUCCCCGCAGGGACGGCACCCGCUGUCCGUGCAUCCUCCUUCGCUUCCUCGUAGUCGGGGUCCUGCCCUCCUCGGCUGCCCUGGAGCCACCCCUGCUCUGCUCUGCACGUUCCCACGUGUUCAUGGGCCCAUGGUUCCUCCUAACACCCCCAUCCUGCCUCCACACUCGCAGAGGGGCUGCUUCUCUGGGAAAGGGGGGCUGAGCCCUGGCGGGAUGUGGUGAGACAAGAAAGGGAGUGAUUCCCAGGGGUUGCGGUCCCCCCCCAAGGCUCUCUGUCCCAUGGGGAUGUGUGAUGGAAGACACCAGUGGCUUGAGCAGGGCUGUUCGGGGAGGUUGGGGUGGGUGGGUGUCUGUUUGGGGUCCUGUGGUCAGUCCUGUCUGCAUCAUGUCCAAG